AUGAAGUGGUCGACGCUUCUCUUUGCGUUGGUCAUGGCGACUUUUCCAUGGGACACGCGCCUCGCCUACGCCGCUCCCGGCUUGUUGAUCGCCAACACGCGGGGGGACAACGCCAUCGUGCAGUACACCCUGCCCUUUGCCGACGGGGACGUGCCGACGACACUGUUGGGGAGCGAUGCCGUCGAAGGACCGGAUCACCUUUUGGUCGAGGGCGAUUAUUUGUACAUUUCACACGGCGACUCGCCCGAGACUUCCGCUAUUGCCCGGAUGAACGUGGCGGACGGGACGCUCGAGGCUGACUUUGCCACCGGGGGUGCGCUCCACCGACCCUACGGAUUCGAUUUCUACAACGGCACACUCUACGUGGCCAGUUUCAAGUCCGAUCAAAUUCUCAUGUACGCGCAAGAGACCGGGGACUACGUGGGCGUGUUUGCCGAGACGAACGGUACCGAAGAAGGACUCUGCAACGGACCGAACCAAAUCUACAUCAGUGACGACGAUGGUCUUUUGUACAUGACCACGCAGGGAAGUAACUUCAACGGCACGGAGUUAAAUUUUCUCUUCAAUAGUCAAAUUGUCGUCUACGACUUGGAGACGGGCGAUGGCUCUGUCUUUUUGCCACCUCCGAUGCCUUUACCGGGUGGUGCAGGAUUUGUCAGUUUGCUGGGCGUCACCGUUGGGUGUGGCACCGCGAGCGCACCCGCUGCGGGGGAAGCCUGUACCAUGUAUACAACCGAUUUUGCCGGCGGUUUGCGAGUCUACGCCAUGGAUCCUGAUGGACCCACGCUCCUUUACGCCGUGGAAACUUCUUACCAAGCCGGCGUUUCCACCGGAUCUCUUUCCUUCGAUACAGCGGAGAGUCAGUUGUACGUGCCCGUUUGGCUCAACGAAACAUCGGGAGCGGUGGUAUUACGCUUCGCGGCGGACGACGGAGCGAGUGCCGGGCUACUGGAGACCGACGAUUCGGCCAUUUACAUUGAAACUGACGAUGGCUCCACGGAUCUGAGCCGUCCAAUUGGUGUCUUAUUUCUGCCUGAAGCUGUUGAUUUUUCCACAGAGGUACCGGCCGCAUCCCCGGGAGGGUCCUCGGCCGCAACGGCGUGCGGCAGCGUGGCACUCGGGUGCACAGCCAUGAUGACAUGGUUCGCCUUCGUUACGGUUGCCGUAUCGUCGGGUUUCUGA